AUGCACGGUCUCUCGCGCACUAUGGGUGAGUCUGAAGAUAAUGGAAAAGCUAUGGCCGAACUCAUAGGGUUUCUGACACCGACAACUCGACUAGAUGUUCGUCGUGCAGCGUUAGACUAUGUUAUUUCGGUCAGCGGUGCCCUGGACGGUUCCGCUGGUCGUCUCUUUCUAAGGAAUGAUUGUGCCAUGGGCAAGGCGAUUUGUGAAUUGUGCGAAGCAACGAUGUCGGAUAGAUCGCACACACUAUCCGCUCUGACGAACUUCUCAUCUGGAUCCGCUGAAGUGGCCAGCUACAUCUUGACGAACUCAAAAUGCGCCCAACUAGCCUUUGAUGCAUCUCGAACUCGUGCUUUGUACGCCAAUUUUGGCGCUCGUCUUCUGGCAAACUUGUCGAGGCAUUUUCCUGAUCGGGUGAACGAACUACUUGUCGCCCAUGAAGCGAAGGCGUUGAAUGUCCUUGUGGAACUUUUCUCGACGCCCACUGAAGAUUCGUUCUCGUCACUGAUUGGUUUCACACUCGUCAAUCUGUCAACGCUUUCAGCAGUCAGGCAUUCGUUGGUCAAUGAUAAACUGCUCGCCAGCAUUUGCCCUCUGGUCUCGGUCGACGACAAGAAGGAGAGCGCAGUGGAUAUUUUGAGGAAUCUGGCUUUUGAAGACUCCUUGCAUCAAGCCCUCUUGGAUGAAGAUGAUCUCUACCUCCUCUCCUUACUCUCACCUUUGGCAGACUCUGAAGAUGAUCUAAGUGAUGAAGAAACUCAAAAGCUACCAUUGAGAUUGCAGUACUAUGAGGGAAAAAGGGAAAAGUCACUGGAAGUGCGACAAAAACUGGUUGAGGCUCUAUAUCAGCUUUGCGCCACAAGACAUUCACGAGAGCGGCUUCGCGAAAAAGGAGUCUAUGCGAUACUACGAGAACUUGACAAGGCUACCGAUGGCUCGCAAAAGUUCGAACCGGGAAUGGUUGGCGAUGGAGGCAUGAAGCUACUGGCUGCACAACAAGAGCACACUCUCCAUGCCUUGAUAGGAAUUCUCAUACGUCGGGAAGAUGAGAUGGCCAUAGACCCCACUGUUGAGAGUUUGAGAUCGCUGCAAUAGCAAACCCCCCCCCCCAUUGUUGACAUUGUUGUUACAUACUCGAUCGUUGUACUCGUUAUUGUUUGAACCAAACACUUUCUUACAUUGGGGGCUCUGCCUCGCUUCUUCGACACAUCACUCGCUGCUGUUCCACACACCACACACACGCUAAUUCGCAAACGACGAUUUAACUCAGUGCGCGCAGAAACGCGCAACUGCGCAGUGUUUCAGUCGAAAUCAGCUGUGGCGAUCGAUUGGCGAGCGAUGCUUUCGGCUCGAGGAUUUGUCGUCGAGGAAUCGCUAACAAUCGCCAGUUGACAUUGCACUUUUGUUCUGUAUUUUUGUGAGAAACUGUUCACGAAUAAAAUCUUGAAAGAGU